CUAUACGCUCCGUGCCGGGCUCCGUUUCACAUCAAAAUUUUUUUUUUGUUGUUGUUAAAUCAUUGAAAUUAAAAAAAAAAGAAACUAAAUGAGAUAGGGGAACAAUUUGCCAACGUAAAUUUUAAACUUUUUUUUUGGUUGAAUUGGCAUUGAGAACGGUUUUUUUUCUUUUUCAUUUGGUGACCACGUGGUGCAACUAGACCAAAGAAAAUCUUUGAAUUGACUGCAAACGAUAAGGUGGUUUUAAUUCUAAAAAAAAAGACUGACGACACUCGUGCAAUUUCAGAAGAUUCUUUCUGCCAUGGCCACAGGCUAAAGAGAUUUUCAGAAUCAUUGGCAAAAAAAAGAAACGCGUUUGAUUGGAAAUCUCGGACGGAUAAAUGCUUCAUCCGGGAUUCGAUCGAAAUCAAAAAGUGUCUGCAGCUAAACACGAAAUUCAUUUAACAAUUUGAUUGGGCGGAUUUCCGUCCUGCACCAGUGCUGUUUUCUCUUGUGUCUGUGCCCCCUCGUGUGUGUGUGUGUAUGUGUGCGUGUCUGAGUGAGAGUGUAACUACAAACCACUCGUUUUUAAACCAAAACUCAAACAAAAUAAAAAAAACAAAAGUAUAAUUUUGGAAAAAGAAGAACAAAAUGGAUGCCAUUAGAAAACAAUCAUCAGGAAAAAUGGUGGAAGGCAUCAAAAGCAGACGACCUUUCACCGCCAAAAUCAUCAUGGCCGCUUUGUUCAUGUUUUGCUGUUUAGCGGACGACGUGUCUGCCUCGUCGUCUGAAAUGACGUGGGCCAACAGCACGAAACCAGCAGCUCUAGAAGACGGUCAGUGCCAAGACGGGCUCCUGAUCCCAAUGUGGCGGCCGUUCACGAACCUGAGCCUGGGCGACCGUGUGGCCAGGGGUCUGGUCUACUUCAUCGCCAUGUGUUACCUGUUUGUGGGCGUCUCUAUCGUCGCCGACAGGUUCAUGGGCGCCAUUGAAGUCAUCACGUCGCAGGAGAAGGAGAUCCGCGUCAAGAAACCCAACGGCGACGUCCAGAUCGUCGUCGUCCGCGUCUGGAACGAAACGGUGGCCAACCUGAGUCUCAUGGCCCUGGGCUCAUCCGCUCCGGAGAUCCUCCUCUCCAUCAUCGAAGUCUACGCCAAGAAUUUCGAGGCCGGCGACCUCGGGCCGGGCACGAUCGUCGGCUCGGCCGCCUUCAACCUCUUCAUGAUCAUCGGCCUCUGCGUCUACGUCAUUCCCGAGGGCCAGGUGCGCAAGAUCAAGCACCUGCGCGUCUUCUUCGUCACGGCCACCUGGUCCAUCUUCGCUUACGUCUGGCUCUACAUCAUCCUCGACGUCAUCUCCGUCGGAGUCGUCGAAGUCUGGGAGGGCAUCGUCACUUUCCUCUUUUUCCCGGCGACCAUCAUCACGGCCUACAUCGCCGACCGGCGCUUACUCUUCUACAAGUACAUCUCCAAGCAGUACAGGGUGAAUCGGAGAGGCGUCAUCGUCGAGACGGAGGGAUUCAAUCAAAACGAUAUCGAAAUGGCUUCGUCCAGCCACAAAAGAGACGGCCCGGGAGGCAUGGUGGGCAUCGAUAAUUUGGGAAUGAAAACGUUCGACGAGGAGGAAAUGAACGACGACGUCCGCGAAUUCGAAGAGCACCGACGCGAGUACAUCCACCUGCUGAGGGACUUGCGCAAGAAACACCCCGACCUGGACAUGAGGGCUAUCGAAGCCCUGGCCCGAGAGGAAUUGGCUAAUACCGGACCGAAAAGCCGGGCAUUCUACCGGAUUCAAGCGACGCGCAAACUCACUGGCGGUUCGAAUUUAGCCAAGAAAGCGAUGGAUCGAGCAGCUAGUGACUUGUCACAAGUUGUUACAUCGCCCAGCGUGCCAGAUUCGAGAUUGGGCGUGCCGGACGGACGUAUCCGCAUUUAUUUCGAUCCUGGCCACUACACGGUGAUGGAAAAUGUAGGAGAAUUCGCGGCUUCGGUCCGCCGCGACGGAGGGGACAUAAACCAAUCAGUCCAGGUCGAUUACCGGACUGAAGACGGGUCGGCCAACGCCGGAUCCGACUACAUCGCCGUCCAGGGAACUUUGACUUUCGGACCGAGAGAAACGCUCAAAACGUUCAACGUCUGCGUCAUCGACGACGACGUCUUUGAGGAGGACGAACAUUUCUACAUCCGAUUGAGCAACGCACGUCCUACCGGAACGGCCGGCACAGGCGGAAGGGUCAGCCGAAGUGGCAGCUCUCUUUCCAACAAAUAUCGCGAAGCUCACAGCACACCUGUCAAUGGCGAAUUGGCGGGAAGUAUGAAUUUGAAUGUGAACGCCGUCAAUGGCUCGUCUUCCGCCACUCGCAGUCUCAGCGCUCCGGCCAUCCAGCAACAAGCAGCUGCCAACGAUGUGGACGUCGAACUUGUAGCCCCCUUCCUGGCCACCGUCAUGAUCCUGGACGACGACCACUGCGGCAUUUUCAAUUUAGCCGACAAGGACGUGGAACUGGUCGAAUCGGUCGGCACUUACGACGUCAAGGUCCUCAGAUGGAGCGGCGCCCGUGGGCGGGUCGCCGUCCCUUAUCGCACCCUGGAAGGCACGGCCAAGGAAGGCAAGGACUACGUCACCUCCGUCGGCGAAAUCAUCUUCGAAAACAACGAGAUCGAAAAGUACAUCUCCCUACAGAUCCUCGAGGAGGACAGUUACGAGAAGGACGUACUCUUCUACUUGGAAAUCGAAGAACCCAAACAAUUGGGAGAUACACCGACUGCUGAAAGCCUAACGAACCUGCCUGCGGGAGGUUUGAGCUACGAUCAGAAAGUGGCCCUGCUCGGCCGGCCCAAACUGGGCGAAAACACCCGGCUCCAAAUCCGCGUCAAAGAGAGCAAAGAAUUCAAGAACACGGUCGACAAAUUGGUGCAGCGAGCCAACGCCUCCUUGGUGGUCGGAUCCUCGUCGUGGAAAGAGCAAUUCAUCGAGGCCAUCACCGUCAAUCCAUCAGAUGACGAAGACGAAGACGGUGAAACGAAGAUGCCGUCUUGCGGCGACUACGUCCUCCAUUUCUUGACCCUUUUCUGGAAGAUUCUUUUCGCAUUCGUGCCUCCAACAGACAUGUCGGACGGUUACGUGGCAUUUGUCGUUUCAAUCAUCUUGAUCGGUGCAUUGACGGCCGUCAUUGGCGACUUGUCAUCACAUAUGGGCUGCACUGUCGGUCUCAAAGAUUCCGUCACGGCCAUUGCCUUUGUGGCUUUGGGUACCAGCAUCCCAGACAUGUUCGCCAGUAAAGUGGCCGCAGCUCAGGACCAGUACGCCGACGCGUCCGUGGGCAACGUGACGGGAAGUAACGCCGUCAACGUCUUCCUGGGGAUCGGCAUCGCCUGGUCCAUGGCCGCCAUCUACAAGGCCUGGCACGGAGAAGCAUUCAUCGUGCCAGUCGGAAAUUUGGGCUUCUCGGUGGUGCUCUUCUGCAGUACGGCCAUGAUUGCCUUGUUGGUGAUGAUGCUGAGGCGUUCCAAACUGAUUGGCGGGGAGUUGGGCGGUCCCCGCGGUUACAAAAUAGCUACCAGCUUUCUCUUUGUCUUCCUGUGGCUCUUUUACGUUCUCAUGUCUUCACUCGAGGCCUACGGCUACAUCAAAGGUUUCUAAAUUUUUGAAAUGAAAAAAAUGGAUGCUCCGAGAUGCUUCCCCGGCACAUAAAAGUAAGACAUUUAAUCAACUUUGGGAAACAAGAAUUUCUUCUUCCUUCCUCUUGACUUUUGGGUCUAUAUUGAUUAUAAGAUUCCCUCCUCCUUUUUGUUUUUCAUUUUGGACGUGUCAUUAGACCUCAUUGUGUUUAUAGUUAAGGAAUUCUUGGCCCGAUAUAAUCAAUUACGAUGGCAAAAUCAUUGGCUAUUUAGUGGGAUAAAUCAAAAGAGGAAUUAGUGAUUCAAAAAAAGAAGGGAUUUUUAAAUAUUUGAACAUCUACCACCAACAGAUUUUAGCAGACGAAAAAAAAAACAGUUAUUAUUGUAAAAUGUACUUAAUUAUUUUUAAGAAAACAAUUUGAUCCAAAAAAAAAAGCCGAUGGUUGUUGUUCCUUUUAGCCACCUCCAACCACAAGUUGUCGUUCAUUGUUGAUUUUGCUGAGGAGGGAAGUUUGGGUCCCAAUUAUCCCAUCUGAAUGAGACAUCAAACUGAACACUUAAUUGAUCGAAUCCAAAUGUUUCACGUGUCAAAGGACAUCACGUUUUAGUCAUAAUUGACCCUUUUCCCUCAACCUCGAAUGGUCUCUUACCUUUUUUUUUUAAAUUUUUUUAAACGAGUGUGCAAUUUUUGUUAGUUCCUCCCUGUUACCUCUGUUUCAAAAUGUAGUCAGAAUUGAGAUUAUUAUGUUUUCACAAUUUCUAUCGUUUAAUUUAGAAUUUUUGUUUCCACCGUCUCUUUUUGAAGAAUUUAUGUUUUUAACUGCCUUUAACAAUAAAACACACACACACACACACACGUAGUAGCAACAAAAACAUAAAUUAUUUCUUUCAUUUUUCAAUUGAAGUUGUGCCAGAACAAAUAGCAGGUUGAUUGUGUAAUAGCACGAAUAGCUUUUGUUUCCUUGAGGCUUUGCCCCAGGCUUCCUUCGCCCGUCUUACAUUAAAUGUUACUUGUUACAUAUUCUUUUAGUAAGAUAAAAGAAAGUCAAUAAUAACCAAAGGGCCAAACACCGUGCGCGUGUGUGUGUGUGUGUAAACUUUUAACAUUUUUACGAACAAUAGCAUAGUUUGUGAUUUGUUUAAAUUUUUUUUUUUUCAGUUUAUUAUUUCAUGUUACCACCAAAUUGCAUUUUUACCUUUAAAAAAACUUAAAUAGGCGUACAUUACGUUACAUCCAAUACAAAUCAAAUAAGAAAUCGAAUGGAUUUGACUCCCGAAAGUUAGGACUUUUUUUUUUCGUGCUAAUAAUAAGAAAUUGAAUUAAAACAUCCGAGUCACAACUUUAAAAGUUUGUUUUUGAAAAGACCGCCAAAUAAUUUUCAAAAAAAAAGGAGAUCUGAGAAUGAGUGAAAGACGCGCACAUCUUUUAUUAUUGUUUGUUUUUGUUCUUUUUUUCUCCUUUCUUCUUGUACUCGGUUGUCUGAUUAUUUUUUUUCCCUAAAUAUUUCACCACCUGAUUGUAUUAGCCCCACAAUAUAUAUAUGUAUACAUCGCGCAUUAUUAUGUUGCUUUUUCUUGGGUUUCUUAUGUUCUUUUUUUCAAUGGCGAUUUUAAACAAACAAAAUCCUGGCCGCUCAUUUCUAUUUAACCACUUCGACAUGUCUCUGGGAUAUUGGAUCUGGGACAUCUUUAAAUUUCCUCCUAAUUCUCUCCCUCUCUAAAUGGGGACAUGUCAAGGCAAAGAGAAAAGGUUAUGGAAUAGGGAAAUUGCGCUUUCAUUUUUCACGUCCAUUAUUUUUAACCGAUUAACUUUUGCCUCUAUAAUUUCGGGUGCUGUAUUAAUUCAUUUUCUCCCUACAUACGCGGUUGUUAUAUACUGUAUUUAAGUUGUGUUGUUGAUUUUUUUUUUUUUUUUCGUUUUAUGGAGUUGAAGUUUUGUUACAGUAAAAUUUGUAGUCUUAUCAUUUGUAUCACCUGACUUGUCUACAGUUCUGCCACCGGAUAAAAAGGGGGAUCGGUUUCCUUUUUGACGGGACUAAAGAGAAAUUAAGUAAAGCAUUUAAAGUUACGCUAAUUAUCAAAAAAGCCCCCAUUUCUUUUAGUCAAAUCACACGAGGCCCCUUACCAUCAUCGAUUCAAAGUUGGAAACGGAAAGCGAUGAAUCCCAUGUAGUUUUCAGAUGGACGAAAAGAAUACGAACUGGUAGAAAUUGCUAUUCAAUUGACGUUCAUCACACGAGGUACAUCGCAUACGUUUUCUUUCAUAAAUUUUUUAAAUUCUGAUUUCUAUUUAUUCAAAUACCGAAAACGUACCUAUUUAAGGGACACGUCAUUUUGGUUGGUAAUAAUGUACCAUAGUUUUUGAAUAGCCCGAAAUACGUGGCUUUGUUUAACGUUAAAAUUUGUAAACUAAAAGAGAAAAAUGUUGAUUUUUUUUUUUACUAACCGAGGAAAUGUUUCCCUGUGAAUCUCUUGCAUCCUUUUAAAGAGCUUCCUCCUUUACAUCCAUUCUUCCUGUUUGAGUUUUGCGUGUAGUACGAGCAUUGCCGCUCUUGUUUGCUUUCAUUUCUAAUUUGUAUCCUUUUGAGAGAUGAGGUACGGCCAUGCAACGACGUUUAAGAUCGUCCAUUAGUUAGGCAAAAUUACCUAGAAAAGAAAAAUUGAGUGUCCCUUUAAAUGCAAAGCGAAGGACAUUUCUAAGUCAAAUGCCAUUAUUAAAUUUUUUUUUUUUUUUUAAAUAAAUGAUUGCUGGCUGAGUAACACAUCACAACGAUCCUCCAUACAGCGGUAACACCGUUGCAUCAGAUAUGUAUAUAAUAUUAUUAGAUUAUAUACAUGAAUUUAUUUAUAUCGAUUGUAGUUUUAUAGGAUCAUUUUCCUUCUUUUUUUCUGAAAUGGGAAAUUGUUUGUUGAUCCAUGUAGUUUUCCCAUUUCAUUUGCAUUUCCCGACCUUCUACUUCCGUUACACACAAUUUUUUUUUAAAUACGACUAAUUCUUCUCCCUAAUGUGACGGCCGUCAUUUGAUAUGCGAAAUUCGUUGUGCCAUAUAAUCAGAGUCGGAAAACAGAAUUAACCCAUAUUUGUUUCGUCCUUUUACUUGACAGAAAAUCAAUUUUUUAUGUAGGUAUUCCUUUUUUUUCCCAUGUUAUAUCUUGGGAAUAAUAAGCGAUAUUAUUAUUAUAUAUUUUUCAGUGCUGUGCGCCCUUUUGUUGUUGAUAUUUUUCUCAUCUCUUUCUCUCGUUACUGCCAUGCGUUCUGAAAAUUUUGGGAGGGUCUGUGGGCAUAAAUGUCACGAAGGUACUGCGAACAGCAUAUACAUAUAUAUAAUUAGGAAAUUCUACCCUAGGGUGAUUUCAACUUAAUUGAGAAAAAAGGAAAAAUGUUACGGAUUUUGCUCUGUUUUUUUUUUUUUGGACACUGCGAGAAACAAUGUUGAUUCUUUACAUCUUGUUUUCUUUACUCUCUAUCUCUUUACAACUGUUUGUAUUCCACCAAAUUCAGGAUAAAAAAAACACCAUCAUCCUCGUGAAAGUAUUUUUGUCUUGUCUCUUUCUUUGGUGAAAUUGUUUUCUUUAUUUUCGUGAUGUGCGUGUUGUGUGAGCAAAUGGAAAAUAAACAAAAUUGUUGUCCGUUAUGAGAGCCCCUCAUCACUUCAACACGUCACGCAAAA